AUGGAGCAUCCUGGAGUGCCUAAGUUGAAUACUUUUUCAUUUUCUCUAGAAGAAAUCAGUAAAUUGCUGGAUCAAAAAUUAGAAUCCAAACUACAAAGCGCACAUGUUUGUCUAGCCACAGAAAUCAAGCAAGAAUUUCGUAACGUUUUAAAGAAUUUAGAAAGUGAUUUCAAGCAAAUAACUGAAUCUUUAACACAAGAAAUUUUAGAGGAUGAAAACUCCAAGUUUAAGGAAAAAAUAUCAAUACUCAAAGACAAAUUGAAAGAAGCAACAAAGAUUAUUGAAGAUCUGACUGAACAAAUGCUUAUAAUAAAUGACGAGUGCGGCCGUUUAAAAGAGUCUCUUGGUGUUACGGAACAAGUAAAAUCUGAGCUUUUGGAGGAAGUAGAAUACUUAAAAGAAGAAAUAUUUUCAAAAAAGAAUCAUAAAGAAAAUGUCUUGGAAGAGAUGAAGGCAAAAAUUAAACAUCUAAAGAAUGUAAUAAGUACUCAAAACAAAGAAAUAGAACAAAUAUCCGAAGAAAAUAAUAAACUAAAGAAUGAUCUUAUCCAAGUACCUUCCCUUGCUCCUGUUCUUCUAGAAGAAAAAGAAAAUAAUUUGGAAAAGUUAAGGAUAAGAGAAUUAGGCGAAAAACUUGCAGAAGCUUCGAAUGAAAUAAUACGUUCAGCUUCUUUAAUAGAUGUUUUAAAAGCCGAAAACAAGCAGCUAAAAACUAUUAUUGAAGAAACUAUCGACGUAAACGACGACUCUAAUGUUACAAAUGAAUGUGACGAUGGCAAAGAACGUAAUAUGAUAAAUAAAUUAAAAAUGAAAGUUAAAAAAUUGACAGAUGAACUUCAUCAUUGUGAGGAGAUGUUGAUUAUCAGAGAAAAUAAGAUAUCGGAGUUGUCAUCGCAACUCAAUCUUUUGAAAUCCGACGAAGGUGUUAAUGCUUUACUAACUGCUAUUAAAAACAAAAAACAAGAACUCAAAAUCAAAGAUGAAGGUAUAAAAUCUUUAGUAAAGGAUGUAAAUAAAUUAAAUAAAGUUGUAAAUGAUCUGCAGAUGGAAAAUGAAUCCAUGAGACGAGAGCUGAAUAUUACCUCGGAGGAUAAAAUUCCAACACAGGGAAUUAUGCAUGAAUACUAUAUUUUAAAUCAAGAGAAAAUGGCUUUGACUAAGGAACUUGCAAAACUGGAAAAUCAACUUGUUGAAACAGAAAUGGACAAUCGAGAAAAAGAUGUGAAAAUAUCUAAAUACGUGAAAUUGUUAGACAACUUUGGAUUUAGCAACUUGAAAGCCGAUAAAAUGAUCGGACAUGAAAAUGGCGAUCGUAAUGAGGUUGAACGAAUAAACAAUACCAUCCAAUCAUCUGAUUACACAAAUCAAGAAUUAGACGUUCAAAUUCUACUUGAAGAAAAUGAGGGUCUACGUAAAGGACUUCAAGAAAUUUUACAUUUUCUUAAAGACAACAGUGCCAGUUCAUCUGGUGUAUUGACCUUAGAAUGUCCAAGUUUAGAAGCAGUUUUAAAUUCCUUGGAAGCACGUCAUGCAGCUGGUUGGUUUGCUCCACAUAUUGCAACCACAAUGCAACUAAAAGCGGCUUUUGGUGGAAAAGAUGCUCUCCUAACUGCGCUUCACCAGUCCAGAAAGGAGACAUUUGAAUUAAUAACGCAAUUGACGAAAGAAUCUCAAAAGUGUGUAGACCUGAAAAAUAAACUUCUUGAAUUAGAAGUAAAAAGCAAAGAAUCUCAAGAAUUGGCUAAAUCGAAUGAAUCGACGAAAAAUAUUGAGAUUGGUGAAUUUAGUUUUUGGGUGCCUGAAAAUGAAGACAGUGAUAUCGAUUUAUUCGAUAAAACUCAAAUGGAAAAAGUUAUUUUAAAAAGGAAUUCUGUUUAUCAACGAGAAGUUAAAAAUGCUUUAAAAUAUUUUUGUAACAAAUUUGAAAUGCUUUUUGAUAAAAUGACUGAAAUAGCUACUAAGACAGAAGAUGAUAAAAAUAAAUGGUCAAUUCAAGAAGAAUACUUAAAAGCUGAAAUCGAAAACUUAAAGGCAUUAAAAAGCAUCCCUGAAGACGACGAUGCAAGUGAUACUUCCCCUGGUUUAGUAACUACUCCUAACAUUAGUGUUCUAGAAAGGAAAUGUUUUUAUCUCGAGGAAUCCUAUAAAAACAUCAGAACUUCUUAUGAAAAUAUUAAAAAUGAACUCUUAGAAUUUAAAAAAGAUGGAUUAGUAUCUACCACAAAAUAUGAAUCUCUGAUCCAGAAUUUGAUAUUGCUUAUCAUAAGCCUCUCAGACAAACUGCGCUCUUCUAUACCUGAGAACAUAUUUUGGAAACAAAAUUUAAUGCUAAAUGAAAUAGCGACAAAAUAUAACCAAUUACUAAACAAUGAUAUAACGAGGACAGUUCAACCAUUUAAACUUUAUGAGUACCUGGAAGAAAGUAAAAGGAGUGUUAUAGACACCAUACUAAAACAGCUACAAAAAACAAAUAAGAACGGAAUCAAGGAUCAAGAAUAUAAUAUCGUUGCUAAAGCUGAACAAGCUCUUGCCGAAUCGCAAUUGCAAGGGAUUUGCUCGGAGUUAGAAAGAAAAAACGUACAGAUAACCCAAUUAACUAAAUGUAAUAUGGAAAUACAAGAAUUACAAGUCAAACUAAUAGACGAAACUUUGGCAUCAGAAACAAAGGAGGAAAUAAAUAUUAUGAAACAAAAUUUAUUACAUUUAAGGAAUGAAAAUAAAACUCUUAAAGAACAAUGUAAACAGUUAAAAAAUCAACUGGAUAUUACUUUAUUACAGUUGCAAAGUGAUAAUCAGAGUUAUUUGAAAUAUGAAACAGAAAUAAAUAUGUUAAGACAUCAAGUACUUGAUCUACAAUCGAUCGGAGAUAACAAAGCAGUUCUUGCACGGUUGGGAAACGAAAUAUUAAUAGCACACCUCAAUGCAACUGAAUACCAGAAAAUGGUGGAAAAUCUCAAACAAUCUUUAAUAAGGGAGAAAGAAUUACGAGCAGAAACAGAAGAUUCCAUAAUAGCCCUACAAAGAGUGUUUGAUAUGUACACUAUAAAAUACGAAAGCAAAUUCAGAUACAUGUUUGAAGUUAUACAAACAUUGAGACUACAAUAUCACGGUUGUGUACCGUUAGCGUCAGCCGAAAAUUAUCUGAAUAAUUUACAGGAACUUUCCAAGAAAACUGUCACUAUGAAUGAAAAAUCAAAUGAAAUUGAAAAUUUAAGAUUUAGCCUAAUCGCCAAACAUAGUGUCUAUGAUCAAAUAUUAGAACUAACAAAAUCGGAAUCUUGUGAAGAUACAGAAAGAUGUCGGCAUAAACUGCAAUUAAUUGUUUCGGAGGGUAUAUGCGCAAGAGAACUGGAACAUUGCAAUAUAAAGCUGCACGCUUUAGAAAAAGCACAUCAAAAGUUAUUAGAGCGAUGUAAUUAUCUAGAAAGAACAUUAGUUUCGGUAAACCAAGAUUUAAGAAAUGACGCCAUCAAUAAGAAUGUCAUAAAAAAUUCAGUUUACCAUAUAACCACGGAUAAUAAUAACAUUGUAGUAGAAAAUGUUGAAUCUGAUUAUGAAUCAAGUUCUAGCGAAAGUGGAACGUUUACUUUGCCUAAACCUCAUACAACUCAAUUGCAAAAUCAAAUUAUUUUACAAGAAAAGAAACCAGUAGCAAAUUUUAAUAAUAUGACAGACCAAAUUCAGCAGACAGAUAAUCCAAAGAAUGUAAGUAUAAUGACACAGACAAACUUAGUAUUUUCUGAAAGAAGUGAUAAACAUAUUCAAACAGACAAAGAUUAUAAUAAUUUAAGUGAAUUAAAACUUCGUUUAGAAAAUUUGGAAAUCAGAAAAAAAGAGCAAGAUCAGAAACUUAUCCAGUGUAUUAGUGUGUCAGAGGAACGAGCAAGAAAUAUUGCAUUGCUUAAGGAAGAAAAAAAUGCUUUAGAGGAAAAAAGUCAAAGUCUCACUCAAAACAAUUUCAAAUUAAAGAAAUUGAAUGAACAUUCAAAUAAAACUAUUGAAUUACUUCAAAUAGAACUUGAUGAAGUUAAAAGGGAUCAUGCUGAGCAAUUUAAUAAAAUAAAGAAAGAAUUGAAUGAAGAAAAUCAAUCGCUUUUACUUAACAUGAAGCAAAUUGAAAAUGACAAAAACAACAUAAUCGCGGACUAUAAACAAUUAUUAGAAAAUGAAAGAAAUCAAUCUUACACAACAGCAAAGGAGUUACAGUCAAAAUUAACAACAUUACAAGCUGAUUUAGAUGGAAAAGCAAGUGCGACCAACGCUGCAAAUGCGGAAAUUAUUAAAAAGAAUAUACUUAAAUACACUAUAAAGAACGCAGAACUUGAAGACAAAUGUUUUAAAUUACAGAAUAGUUUAGAAGAAUAUAAGACAGAAGUGACCAGUUGUCAAAGUGAGCUAAAACGUUGGAAGGAAUUAGCUUCAGAGAGACUAGAAAAAAUGGAACAGAUGAGUAUGCAACUAAAGGAACGACAUAAUCAGGAGGUUGAAUCCUACAAAGCAGAAAAUCAGCAUUGGUUGGUGCAACUAAAUGAAACACAACGUGAACAUAUGGAGUUGCGUACGCAAUUGAUGGAACAGAAGGCUUUGCAUGUUAAACAACUAUCAGAAAAAGAUACACAGAUAGAACAACUCCGAUCCGUUGUACAUAACUUAAAAACACAAAUAAUGAAUAUGCAGAUGAUAUUAUCAGUGAAUGAUCCUAGCUUCGACCUAUCCGCAAUAGUUGAAGUUGAAGAAGCAAGUGACGUCUCUCAGCAGGGUUCUGACCGUUUAGAAUUGAAGUUUGAUUCCACGGUUGAUUUGCAUGAAAUGCACGAUGAUUUUAUGAGAGUGCCUGCCACAUCCACUACUAUAUGGCAAGAACCUGCAAUCGAACGUUUGCGCCGUGAAAAGCAAUUGCUCAGUAAACAAAACGGCAUAUUGCGCCGACAGAUCAAGGCAAUCGCUGCCAGGGAACGUAGGGCGCGCCUCGAUGCUCAGAAUCUCAAGAACCAAAUAUUUCGAAUUAGCACAUCUGGAAGCAAAGCAGUGACAGCGGAAUCAGCAGCACUUCACAAUAAAAUUGCCUCUCUCCAGUCACAGCUGACGAGUGCACGGCGUGAUACACAUUCUUCCGUAGCGCUAUGGGAUAAAUGGAAAAGAGCUCAACAAACUUCAGAACGUUGGCAAGCACGAUACGAAGAGAAAUGUCAAGAGAUUACUAAAUUAGAAGCCAGCUUGAACUUAGCCAAGUCUGCUGUUACAAGGCUUGAGAAAGAAAAACGCGUAUUGUUAUCGCGGCUCGAUGAACUAAAAAAUGAAAAGCAAUUAGUGAUAGAAAAGCAAGACGGCGAAGCGUCUGAGAAGCGAGAGCUUUCCCGCAGUGAAUGUGAUUACAGCGAGAUGAAAACCGUACCCGUGUCCACUCGGGCGUUACUUGAGCGGGUAGAAGCUCAACAGAGACGCAUUGUAGCACUCGAAGUGGCUGGAAAGGGCAACGAACCACUCGUGUCGGAGUAUGAGAAAGCUCUGGCUGAGAAUACAUCGCUUAAGGGUCAAAUUCUCAAACUUGAGUCUACCUUACUGGAAACUCAAAUAAGAUCGCCUCUCAAGACCACUCCGGAGGCCAAACCAGAACUCGAAUACUGGAGAAGUUACUGCAACAUGCUCAAGGAUGAAAACGCGCAACUAACACUGCGCGUAACGUCUCUCGAGAGCACACCAUCAACGGCGCACCAGCAUCGGGUCAAUGAUCUCGAACAAACUGUACUGACACUCAGAGGGCUAGUCAGCAAAUUACAAGCCGAACUGAAGUCAUCAGCAACAAACAUGCAAAAACGAGUCGAUUGCAGACCAAGUAGCGGUCGCAGUGCACCGGAAAAGACACGAAGUCAGUUGGAGUCAUGUAAAACGGAAAUAUCAAAUCUAAAGAGGAGUAUACAAGAAAAAGACGCUCUUCUUGAAAGAUCCAAAAAUAUGCUAAGAAUCGCAGCUGAAAGAGAAGAUGAGCUAUUAAGAGAAAACGCAUUUUUACGGCGACAAUUGGAUGAGCUUACCGACGAUAAAAGAGGUGUCCUGUCGGCCUAA